CUCACCCUCUCACCCUCCUGUCUCAGGCGUCUCUUCGAGGCGGAGUCUCAGGACCUGUUUAAGGACAUCCAGAGUCUCCCGAGGAACGCUGCCCUCCGUAAACUCAACGACCUCAUUAAGAGAGCCCGUCUGGCCAAGGUGCACGCUUACAUCAUCAGCUACCUGAAGAAGGAGAUGCCGUCUCUGUUUGGACGAGAGAAGAAGAAGGAGGAGUUGAUCAUGAGGCUGCCGGAGAUCUACACCAUCCUGCAGAGGGAGCAUCACAUCAGCCCCGGAGACUUCCCCAACGUCACCAAGAUGCAGGAUAUGCUGCAGCAUUACGACUUCAGCAAGUUCCCGUCCCUGAAGGUGAAGCUCAUCGAGUCGGUGGAUAAGAUGCUAGCCUCAAAAAUCGCUGUUUUGAUGGCGAUGAUCCGAGAGGAGGAGUCCAAGCAGCCGCCAUCCUUGGUGUCAGGCGGAGCCUUCGAGGGCUCUCAGGAAGGACCCUUCGGCCGAGGCUACGGCGAGGGCAUCAGCGCCGGGGCCGACACUGAGGACUGGAUCGUGAGCCGCGACAAACACCGCUACGACGAGAUCUUCUACACGCUGAUGCCUGUCAACGGCAAGAUCACCGGCGUCAACGCCAAGAAGGAGAUGAUGAACUCGCGGCUGCCAAACACCGUCCUGGGGAAAAUCUGGAAGCUGGCCGACUGCGACCACGACGGGAUGCUGGACGAUGAGGAGUUUGCCCUCGCGCAGCACCUCAUCAAGAUCAAAUUGGAGGGAUACGAGCUGCCCACCGAUCUGCCGGAUCACCUGAUGCCCCCGUCCCACCGCAAAAACCCCACCGCAGACGCCCUGUACAACCACACCGAGGACUAGAGCGCUAACAGGGCGGCCAACGAGCCACCGGAGAGACUGAGCUGAGAGGAAGUCCAACUGUAAAAAAACACCACAGGUCAACUGCUGCUGAUGUUCAGACUGAGGGAACCUGUCAGCAGACUGCUACAGAGGGUCAGAGGUCAAAGUUCAGGUGUUUUCUACUGAGGAGCUCAUCACUAAGAUGAUCUCGUCAGUAACUGAGUCCACAUAAUCAGCUUUUAUUUUGGUAAGAGUUUAUAUAUCACCUUUUUUAAAGCAACAAACAAAGCUUUUAUUGUGAAAGAGAACAGUGUAUCCUGAUAUUUCCUGCUUCAUAUUCUUUCUUCACAACAUCUGGGCGACAUCUGGAGGCGACACGACCUCCUGUCGCUGAUGUUUUGUUGGUCCGUGCAGUGGAGAUAAAUAUCAGGAUACAGCCACACGACUACGUAUUAGUUUGAAAAUGCAUCAAAUCUGCUACAGACACGUAUCCACACUACUCUAUGACGUUAUAUGAAUUAUAACUCUGUGCUUUUAUUCUGAAGGCCAUAUACAUCCAAAAGCCGAGCUAUAGAGUUUCCUGUAAACUGAGGAACACGAAUGUUCCUGUUGUCCACCGUGAGACGCCGAUCGUCCAGAAGAGGAUUCGAGCCACGUGAAAAAUGCAGAGUAAAAUGUUUUCACGUGGCUCGAGUCUUCCUCUGUAGCAUGAGAUGAACGUUACAGGAGCAGCAGCGAUGAUCCGUCCACAGCGAAGCAUCGAGGGGAACUUCCUCCUGAGCUGAAGGUCAAACAUCUGCUGCCGAAGCUGCUUUUCUACUAGUGACCAAGAUUUAUUAUUUUCAUAAAGUCUCAUGUCGGCUUCACUGCGUCACGGCUGCAGAUGUUUUAAUUAUCGAGCUCAUGCCGGAAUCCACAUAAACAGAUUUAGAGACUCGUCAGAAGUGAGCUUUUCAUUUGUGUUGAGGGAAAUCAUCACUUCUCUUCUGACCUGAAGGUGAAAUGUUGAAGGAUGCGAUGAUUCUUUUUAGAUGGAGUUAUUUUCCUACAGAACGAGUCACGAGGUCGCGUCUCCCCCCGAGUCGUCUUUAUGUUCAUUGUAAAUCUGACUGACUAUGUGUUUUGCAGCAGGAAGCCGUUACUUAGCGCCUCCUCAAGUGACCAUAGAGUUCAGACGCAGUCCCAUACCAGGAUGCUGGGUCCAUGGUAGUCUCAGAGGUCAAAGGUCACAGUCCGUCCUGUUUCAACAGCAGAGCGGCCGCUUCAGCUCGCUGUUAACUCGUCCCUCGGGGUUGGACGGCGUCCUGAAACGUGUCCGCUCGCUUCUGUUUCCUCGUAUUGUAAACAUCAGCAGAGACGAGCAGAGCGGUGACCUCUGACCUCUGCUGACAGCACACCUUCCUCUCCGUAGAAUCCUCUGCUGCCUUUGUGUCUUCUUUUCAUCUCUGUAAAUUCUAACCUCCGCUGGGGAGGAGACUUUUUCCACUUCCUGUCAUGACUGAAAGGAGUUGAUGCUGCAGUAAAUCUGAUCAUGUGAAAGUGUGUGAAUGUGCCUUUAAUUGCAGCAGCGAGGUUCGGCCAAUGAAAAUCAAACAAAACAUCAAAACAGGACGAUGAGGUUCAACCAUGUGACCUGUGAUGUCAGAGACACAGUCACAUGAUUGCAGCGUUUUCCACAAGACGGUGAGGACUGACAGUAAAAGUACAAGUUUAUUGUUGUCAUGGCAACGGCAGGUUUGAAUGUGUUUAGUGAUGAUUCCUUUCAUCUGUGCGUCAAACACCAGACGUCUGACUAAUGCGUCAUCAUAAUGAGAAACCUUCAAAAUAAAGUUCUGCUCAGGAGGGUUAAAGGAUUUUGAUUUUUAAAUGUUUCUAUGUUUUGAUAAAGUUUCCAUAAUCUUGAGAAAGUCUUAUUUUUUCAAUACAUUUUCAUAAACUGUUGAAAGUUUCUCAUGAUUCUGACAUCAGGAUAUUUUAUUGGUGGAAAUGAGCUUGUUUGCCUUGAUGCUAAAAUGCCUGUAAAGUCCUCACUAGUAUAGAACAGUGUCACACCCCUGGACAGAGCUGGAACUGUGUACAUUCAUAUUUAAAGUAUAAAAACACUGUACAUGAACUACUGUAAAUACGCUGAUGUCGAUCCUCAAGGCGCCAGCGGCUGCGCUCCAGUGAUGACGUCAGUUCUCUAACUGAUGAUUAGCAGCCCCUCAGUUUGUUUCCAACCUGUUCCCACUUCACGGAUUUUAACUCUGUGAAUAUCGGAACCUAAUCGAUGACCAAAGUUUGUAAAAACAAUUUCAAAGCUACAUUUGCACACAGCAGUGCCUGCUCAUCUCAAUGAUUCAGAAAGAGCGCCCCCUUGCUUCUGCUUGAAACAAAGCCUCUAUUAGCUGUCAGAUCCGCGUGUUUCAGAGCUUUAAUCUUUCAGGUCUCUGUCUUUUAAAACCUUCUGUUCCUAUGACAGGACGUGUUUGUCCUCGAGGAUCCAACAGUUGCUCGGUGCCUUUAAAACACUGAGAAGCUCGAGGUCUGCGUUCAUUUCAUUUUCCCACAGAGCAGCUGUCUCUGAGGAUUUAUUGGUUUUAGUUUUGAUCAAACGCAUAUUCAUGUGAAGGUGAAAGGUUUUAUUUUUGUGAUUUUAAACUAUUUUCCAUUCUUGUUUGGAUGUUACUCUGUUCUGAUGAUGCAGCUCAUCCUGUUUGCAGAGCUGGAGACUAAUAAAGUUUAUUCAACACGU